AUGUUAGAAUUGAAGUUGCCAAUCAAGCUUCCGUCGGAUGAUAAUCUGUAUACAUCAGCUAGGAUCUCUCCAAGUCGUGAGCAUGUGGCAAUCUGCCAUCGAGUAACGAUUUACGUUUUUUGCAUUGCUACAAGUACCUUAAAACCAUAUAUUACGACACACUCUGGUCCUAUAAACGAUAUAUGUUGGUCCCCAGAUUCGAACUGCAUAGCAAGUGCUUCUGAAGACUUCACAGUUGAGAUUACCCAUUUGGAAUAUGGGAGAUUGCACAAGCUAAUGGGCCACACGGCGCCUGUUCUGUCAUUGGUGUACAACUGCAAGGGCAAUCUGCUUUGCUCCUCCUCAAUGGACGAGAGUAUAAAGGAAUGGGAUAUUCUCACGGGUACGGUGCUGAAGACCAUGUCCGCACAUUCGGAUCCUGUUGUGUCUAUUGAUGUUCCUGUGUGUGACUCUACGAUAUUGAGUUCUGGAUCGUAUGAUGGUUUAAUCAGGAUUUUUGAUACAAAAACAGGCCAUUGUUUGAAGACUCUAACUUAUGAUAAAGAUUGGCAGACGGAUGAUGGUGUCGUACCAAUCUCUCAGGUCAAAUUUAGUGAAAAUGGCAAAUUUCUGCUUGUCAGAUCUUUGGACAGUGUCGUUAAAAUAUGGGAUUUCAUACGAGGAUGUGUGGUCCGCACUUUCAAAAUUCCUGGGGGUUGUAAGCGUUCAAAGUAUUCCUGUGGAAUGGACUUUCUAUACCCAGAGGAUGGUAGUAUUGACCCGUUGGUAAUCAUCGGGUCCGAGGAUGGUAGCAUUUACUGCUGGGAUUCACAAUCUAAAGCACUUAUUCAAGAUAUUAAAUGCCAUGAUCAAGCGUCACCUAUAAUGUCAAUUAGUAGCCAAGGUUCACUAGUAUGUACUUUAUCUCUAAAUGGUAAGUGUAAUAUAUGGGAAUGGAGAUAG